UGACCUCCAGUCGACCUUGAGGACCUACAAACGGUCUACCGAUCGUCAUGAAAGUGGUUUUGCAGCCGACUGAGCUGAUUGGUACUGGCUUUGUUUAGUUGUUAAUGGUGCUGUUAGUUCUCGUCCGUGCAAUAAAUUCACUUGGAAAACUAGGACAUGAGGUUUACUUUGAAUGCGGCACAGAUGAUUUAAAGAUCAAAACAGUCAACGCCACGAGGUCUUCUUUUGCUUCAGUUCAUUUUAGGGAAGUGUUUUUCGACAAGUUCUCAAGCCCUUUACCUAGCGGGUCUCUGCAACGUUUUAAAAUCCCUAGUAGUUCAUGUUCUAACGUCUUCAAACUUACUUCCGCAAUGGAGAGAUCCGUUCUUAAAUGCAAGAUGUUCUUAUCAUCCCAGGAUACUGUUCUGACUGUUCAGUACUUCUGUAAAUUCGGAAUCGUUAAGACGUAUAACAUGUCAAUCAUCGAUUGUGAACAGUUAGAAGCUGUUUACUCAUUAGAAGAAAGCGCUAAUCAUUUGGUUAUAUCAGCACGUUUACUGGGAGAAAUUAUCAACAAUUUUCGCCAGUCUUCUGAAGAGCUAACAAUUCUUUUAGAUUCGGGGGAAUGCACUUUUCAGAAUCACACAUUUCAAACAGGUCCCUCUAUGAUAACAACACAAAUUCCUUUGAAUGCUACUGAAUUUGACGUCUACCGUGUCCAUUCAAAAUGUGAAGUCACAUUCUGCCAAAAGGAAUUACGGGUCAUUUUAUCAUUCUGUGAGUUGAUUUCUCCUAUGAUAAGAAUUUAUUGUGAUCGACCGGGCAAACCUAUAAUUUUUGCUUGUACUCACGAGACAAGACUCAGUGCUCGGUACGUAUUUGCGACCUUCCCUUCAGAUGGAUCUUCACUUCCAAAUUCCCAGCGCUCUGAGUGUAGCCGUCGUUUGUCAUCAAGCAGAACUCCUGUUCCACUACAACAUAUAAGUACUUUAUCGACGGGCGAAAAAUGUAUGUUAUCUCAAGAAAAUGACCAUGACACUCAAAUCUUACGGUCGGACGGAAAGUUGUCUUUUAUAAAUAACGAAAAUAAUGCUCCAAAAGUAAACCAACCAGUGCUUAAUCCACACCAGGAUCACGGCCGUUGUGACGAAAUCCCUUCUAAAAAGACUCGUUCUCUCCUUUUUUCGAAUUUCCAAACUAAAGAUAAUUCCAGUGUAUGUAAUUUAGAAGACAACACAAAAACAGUUGUGCUAUAUCAAAAUAGUUUAUGGGAUGGAACGGCAUUGAAAGAAAAUGUUCUAAGUUCAACAGUUAUGAAUCAGGAAUCUACAUUAGGCGGACAAACUGUACUUGUUGCUGAUUCAGACGAUGACCAAUGAUGUACUAUUUCCUGUGAUAACAUAUUAUCCCACCAUGUAUAGAUCUUUAUUUUAAUAUACAUCAACCUAAUGAAGUUAUUUUGCGUAGAUUAACAAUGGAUUUCAACAAAUCUUCUAUUACAUAUCGCUUAUACAGAUUGAAAAAAUAGACAAGUUUUUUCUCUUGAAAUAUACGUAUCUUUUCAGUGACA